AAGAAACUAUGAGAAACGGGACUUCUUUCAACUUAAAAUUUUUAAAGGGGGAAAAAAAAUCAAAGCUUUAGCUACUCUCUCAAUCAGCAAAGCCUGCACUUUCCUCACUAAGCUGUGACUCCGUAUAAUAAAGGAUCUACUUUAUCUCACUGGAUCCAUGCUACAUUUUACUACAUAUGUUCUUGAGGAAGAAGUGCAGAUAUGGAUCACGUAAGCUGCAGUUUCUCUUGUUGUUUCUGAUGCUGGGUUUUUUGCUACUGAUGGUUACAACGCUGAAUCCACCUCCCAGCACCCAGAGCAAGGAAGGGACUUUCCAGCCUGUGGAGUUCAACCCCCGGGAAGGGUAUCAGAUGGACUUUGUGGAGACCCAAGAGAUGCUGGAAACCCAGGAGGAGAGCCAGCAGUAUUACCCUUUGGAUGGUCUAUCGCCUUUCAUCUCCCUGCGGGAGGAUGAGUUGAUCAUGGCCGUCGUGUCGCCCACCGGCAAAAGGAACCACAGCAAGGCCAGGAAGGGCUAUCGCGUGGUGAAGCAGCAGAGCAGGCGGCCGGAGGGGAAGGCAGAGGGGGGCCCCGAGUCCCAGCCGCUGUCCCUUCCCCUGCAGGAUGGACAAGGGGCUGCUGCGGGGGAGCGGCCGCUCGGCCUGGAGACGCACGGCUUUAACGAGGUGCUCAGCGAGCGGAUCGCGCUGCGCCGGGACCUGCCUGAGGUACGACACCCGUUGUGCCUACAGCAAAAAUAUGACUCCAGUUUGCCUACUGCUAGUGUCAUCAUCUGUUUCCAUGAUGAAGCCUGGUCUACUCUGCUGAGAACUGUGCACAGCAUUAUGGAUACAGCCCCAAAGGCCUUCCUCAAGGAUAUCAUCCUAGUCGAUGAUCUCAGCCAGCAAGGGCCCCUGAAGUCAGCUCUGAGUGAAUACAUCUCUAAGCUGGAUGGUGUGAAGCUCAUCCGGAGCAACAAGAGGCUUGGAGUCAUCCGAGGUCGGAUGCUAGGAGCUGCACGGGCUACCGGGGAUGUGCUCAUCUUCAUGGAUUCCCACUGCGAGUGCCAGAAGGGCUGGCUGGAACCCCUCCUGGCCAGGCUCUCCAGCAGCCGAAACAGUGUCGUCUCCCCUGUCAUAGAUGUCAUUGACUGGAAGACCUUUCAGUACUAUCACUCUGUGGGCUUGCAUCGAGGUGUUUUUGAUUGGAAAUUAGAUUUUCAUUGGGAACCAGUGCCAGAACAUGAAGAGAAGGUACGACAGUCUCCCAUCAGCCCUAUCAGGAGUCCUGCAGUAGCUGGUGCAGUGGUGGCCAUGGAUCGACAUUACUUCCAAAAUUCUGGAGCUUAUGAUUCUGACAUGACCAUGUGGGGAGCAGAAAACCUGGAACUAUCUAUUAGGACCUGGCUCUGUGGUGGCUCUGUAGAAAUUAUCCCAUGCUCCCGAGUUGGGCACGUCUAUCGAAAUCACUUCCCCCGUGCUUUCUCCUAUGAAGACGCCAUUGUGAGGAACAGAAUCCGAAUAGCAGAGACCUGGCUGGGCUCCUUUAAAGAGAACUUCUACAAGCAUGACACAGUGGCUUACUUAAUCAGCAAGGCAGAGAAGCCAGACUGCAGCGAGCGCCUUCAGCUACAGAAGAGACUGGGCUGUAGAAAUUUCCAGUGGUUUCUAUCAAAUGUGUACCCUGAACUUUCCCAAACUGAAGACACACCAAGAUUCUCUGGCAAGCUUUACAAUACUGGUGUUGGCUUCUGUGCAGAUUACAGGCCUGGAAGAGCUACUGCAGAAGGGUCUAUUGAACUCUCCCCUUGCAGUGACAGUCUCACCCAGCACUUUGAAUAUAACAUGAAGGAAAUCUUGCUUGGUUCUGCUCCGCUGCUUUGCUUUGAUGUCAGACAUGGGAAGAUUGUCCCCCAAAACUGUACAAAGGAGACAGAUAACAGCAACCAGCACUGGGAUGUCCAGGAGAAUGGAAUGAUUGUCCAUGUCCUUUCUGGCAAAUGCAUAGAGGCAGCAAAGAGUGAAGAUGAGAAGGACUUGUUUCUGUGUGCGUGUAACAAGAACGCAAAUCAGGUGUGGCAAUUUGAACGUUCCCAUGGGCUACGUCAGAGGUGACUGGCAAGUCUCUACAGAACUCAAGUCUCCAAAGUUUAACAUUUCUUCUGCUUGGGAUUUAAGAUGCAUUUCCUGCAACGACAGCAAGAUGUUUAUGUUUGCUGUAGCAUGCAGGGAAGUCAGGAAUGUCUCUUGUUUAAAAGCCUGGCUUCUGGUUAAUCCAGCUCUAGCUAAAAUUUCUAUUUAUUCUGCGAAGCAGGGAAUAGAGAGAUUGUGAGAAUCAAUAAAUUCUCAACUCUGCUAUUGCAGAAGACAUUUAGGUUUGCCCUUUGAUGGAAACAUGGAAAAUUGGCUGCCAGACAGCUUGUCUUCAGUAUACGCUAUGACUUCUGAGGAUACAGGAAAAGAAGUGAGAUUUUUGAAACUGUAAGAAGAAGCCAGCUAAACCAGGUCAGGAGUUUAGCCUUGUUUUACAAUGCCCUCGACUCAUAUAAAACAAAGUAGGUUUUGUAUGUAUAAAAGUAAUAGAUGUUUCCACAUGUAAUGGCAAAAAAAAAAUUGUUUUGCAGUUAACCUGAGCCAAAUUUCUACUCUCUGUGAGAUUACACAGAGCAUAAAUUAACACUUAAUUAGGCAUUUAUUGCUCUAAUUGACUUGGACUACUGACAGUCCUCAGUAUUUGGCACACCCUUCCUUAAAUCCUUGUCCACAGUCUAAUUUGGAUGGGAGAAUGAGACUGAAAUAUUAACAACUUUUUAAUGUUGUUUUUAAAUUAUAUUUAAGGACAACUCCUCAGGAAACUUUUGUGGUAGUAAGGAGGGUAACAGCUUCUCUGCUUAUUUGGGAAGAGAAAGAAUUGGCGGCAUCCAUUUGCUCUUGUAAAGCCAUGGGAUGAGCUUACUAUUAUUAUUAUUAUUGUUGUUAUUAUUACUAUUAUUACAGUAACAAAAGUGCUGGCUGAAAACAGCAAGUGAAGGGGAACAGCCAGUUUCAGCAGUGGCUACCUAGGAAGAAAAUACUGGUUUGCUUCCAUUUGCUUGCAGCCUGAGUUAAGUCUUUCAAGCUAUCAGUUUUAGCCAAGAAGAUUGUGUAGAUUCUUGCUGUCGUGGGUCUUCAAGAUGAUCCUGAAAAGACCACAUUUUCUAAAGAAGCUUUUUCUGUAGAGCCUGCAUUGCUGCUGACCUGCUGUCUUUCAAAGGAGUGAAUGAGAGAUGAGGUUAAAUAACAAGAAUGGUCUCACACAGUAUGAACUUAGCCAAGCAAACUGCCACCUCAGUAUCUCAUUAGGCUACUUUCCUUUUUGAAGAUAAAGUCAAUGAUGACACUUCCCAAGAGCCUGCAAAGAGAGAAGAACAAAGAUUUGGGAGUCUUCCCACAUCAACACAUCUGAUUUAUAGUAUAAGUCAAUCAUAAUCCUAUGUACAUAUUAAAGGGGAAGGGUAUCAUUAAUGAAAUUCACUUAGGUUUUGAAUUAUUUUCAAGAGACAGAAAAUUGCGUGGUUUUUUUUUUUAUGUACAGCACAUUGUUUAAACUUUAGAGAAAGGAAGGAGUAACAGAUUAUUCUGCUUAGAGCCUUCCAGUUACCUGCUCUCCGUAAAUCACAAUAAAUUGGUAUCAAGCAUAUAAAAUUGGUUACCACAGAGGACAUGAAGAGUGUUCUCUGUUGUGUUGUCCAAAACAUCUCCCAGUGUCUAACUCUCUGCUUUGAGUGCUAAAGAUUCCACACUGUGUUAAGGCAUCACUCCAAUCAUCUUGAUUACCACUUAUGCUUUCUUUGAUAGCAUCAGAAUCUAUUACUAUUUCUGCUGUGUCAUGUAAAAUUUCCUGCGACAUUCUGGAAAAUGCUUUAAUUUUCAGCUAAGAUGAUGAUAGCAACCUCUUCCAGAACACCAAGUGAUACCUGACCAUUGCCCAAAUCUAGGGUGAGAAAAGAGAAUUUUUAAAAUUGCAUAAAAGCUGAAGUAAAAUGCUGUUUUAAUGACAUGUGAUGCCUUUAUUUUAAAUUAUGACUAUGCCAGGUUUUUAAAUUAUGUGUUAUUUAUUAUAUUUUGGACACUACACGGGGAAUAUAAUUCCUUCAGAAUUUAGGUAAAUGUUAAAAAAAUGUGUAUACAAAUAUGGUAAUUGACCACAAGUGAUAUUUAUCACAAAGAAGAAUGAAAAUAUUUUUGGUUUAGAGAGGAAAUGUUUGGAAUUUCAGAGACAUGGACAUCUUCAUUUAUACUACUUUUUAACAUAGUGAUAAAAACCUAGAAAAUAAGGUUUGCUGUAUAUAUAUGUACCAUAUAAAAAUAUGUUACCUAAUACCUCUUUGCACAAUAAAAUGAAAAUCUAUAGUGCAGUGCCAUUUAGAAAAUAAUUGUUAAUGCACUUGUUUUACUUAGUAACAGAGUAAAUGUAUGUUUGGUUUCCAAGGGAACUAAAUUCCAGAGCAUGGGCCAGAAGGGAACGUGGAUUGUGGAGCACACUUCCCUCUAAUAUAAACAAAACUUAGUACACACAAAUUAAAAAAAAACAAAGGGAAAGCAUCUAUCCCUGUUUUUCCUAUUUUCUUUCCUAUAUGGCUUUUAAAUGGAUUGGUUAGUUGUACCAGUACUGUUUCCUCAUUGUGGUCAUUUAGACUUUGCCCCUGUGGUUACAUCUACGAGCUAAAUUCUUCUCCUUAUGGGACUUAUGGGCUCAAUAAAGAGUGGUGGCUAGCAUGCUGGUAUGUUUUCCUCAUUUUUACCCAUCUUCCAUUCAAUACUAGCACACAAUGAUGCUUUGAGCACCACAAAACAUAGAAUUACUUUCAGUUCUCUAUUUAGACAUGGUCAACAUUUCAGGUUCCACUAAUUCCCAUGACAGGAGAGACAUGUAAGGACAAAAUGUUUCAGGGAAGAAUGAAGCAGUUUAAACUUUGAAGACCUCCAAAGCAGAGCCUCAGGCAAGAGCAAAGGAAUUCCAGCCUAACACAAAUAAAUACCUUAUAGUGUAACUCCACCUGUUUCUUUGAAUUUUGCAACCCAGGCACAGUGCUUUGAGCCAAACCCACCCAUGAAACUGAGCUAAAAGGUCAGAUUCAAGAACAGGUCACCUUUUGGUUGACAGCACUUACUAAACAGCCUAGUUUAUUCCUCUCCCAGCUCAUGGAAAACGGAAGAAAAUAAAGACUUGAAAUACUAUUCAGAGUACUUUUAAACCAAGCCCCAGCUGAUGCAGUUGGUGUUGGCCGUAGGCUGGGGUUUGUCCUGUUAGGUGAGGUGCCAUCACUGGCACAGAGAAGCAAUGGCAGCAUUCCUCUCCAUGUGUUAAGCUGAAGUCUAAACGGGGACAGAAGGUUUACCAACCUUCAUGCUAAAUCCUGUGGCACAGAAAUGUUGAGGGUAUCUCUCAGUCCAUGUGUAAGUGCCUCCAGGUCCUGCCUUGAAGAUGUUCAUUGAGCUGUAAUACUUUCUGCUGAUUGAAAUGCAAUAGCUUCCAUUUCUGAUAUCCCCAGGAAAGAAUGGAACUAUGUUCAGGCAUCCUAGACAAGAACAGUAACAUCCCAGGUUUCCCUAACAGCUGGAAGGUGACAUGUGAGUGACAGCUUUCAGAUUCUGACUUUUUAUCUCAUUUUGUCUCAAGCAGUUUGAUUCAAACUGCAAACAUAUUGGAAGAAAGUAAUAAAGGAGUGUUUUGCAAAUACAUAACAUGCUUUUAAGCUAUGCAAACUGCAUGUGUCUGCCCUGAAUAAAGUGUAGCAGUGCACA